UUACAUACUGUUGCGCGGAUCGUGGUGCACGAAAUAAUGUGCUCCCCUUUCAAAUGAGUACAAACAUUAAAAAGCCACCCCUACGCGAGUGAAAACGUGUGCGACCGGUGCAUGCUACCCUUCGCCAUCCCACACACACCAAAUCUAACUGUAAUACAAUCGUUAAUAGUGCAAUAUCAGUGAUUAUCUGGCGUGCGUUGACAAGUGAUCGUCAAUUGUCAUCAACAACCUCAUCGAAAACGCUUGAAAACUCAAUCAUUAAACCCAAAAAGACUAUUUAUUAGCUUUCACGAUGUCUAUUGAGUAUCUACAGGUAGCGGAGGAUGAGGGUGAGGAGCCUAUCGAGCUGCCCACCGAAGAUGACGGCACACUUUUGCUCAGCACCCUCGCCGCACAGUUUCCCGGCUCCAGCGGGCUGAAAUACCGCAAUCCAGACUCCAGAGCGAUGCGAGGUGUCCGUCUCAGUGAGGGGCGGCUACAUCCACCGCCGGAGAUCGGCUGGGGGUCACAGAUAUUCUAUUGUGUGUUUCCAAAAGCAGAAAAUAAACGAAAGUCUGACGAUAAUCUCGAGAAUUCAACAGCGAAAACAAAGCGCAUCGAGACGAAACUACGCUGCACUGAUCUCAUCGUUCUGGGUUUGCCCUGGAAGACCACCGAGCAGAAUCUACGCGAGUAUUUCGAAGCUUUCGGUGAAGUAUUGAUGGCACAGGUUAAAAAAGAUGCCAAAAGUGGGCAGUCCAAAGGCUUUGGCUUCAUCCGUUUCGCGUCCUAUGAGAGUCAAAUGCGUGUUUUAGCUCAACGACACAUGAUUGAUGGACGGUGGUGUGAUGUCAAAGUACCCAACUCAAAGGAAGGGUUGAUUCAGCAAGUACCAUGCAAAGUGUUCAUUGGUCGUUGCACAGAGGAUUUGACUGCGGAUGAUUUGCGCGAGUAUUUCGGUAAAUUCGGCGAGGUGACGGAUGUGUUCAUACCGAAACCGUUCCGUGCGUUUAGUUUCGUUACGUUUUUGGAUCCGGAGGUUGCGCAGAGUUUAUGUGGGGAAGAUCACAUUAUUAAAGGUGUCUCUGUGCACGUCUCAAACGCAGCCCCAAAGUCUGAAACCCGCGGCGGCGGUGGUUACGGCGGCGGGCCGCGCACAGGUAACCACAGCGGCAGCCGUGGACCCGGCGGGCCCGACGGUCCCGGCAUGUACCAGCAGCGCUACAACCCCGGCCCCAAUCAAGCGAACUGGGGCAAUCAGGGCCAUCGCGGCAACAUUGACAUGCCUAACCUACAAGCACUAGGUAUUACUGGGCAAGGCCAGCAGGGCAAUCAGCAGCAGAACUGCAAUCCGCUCGGAUUGGGCUUGAAUUUGAGCGCGCUGCCGAUGAAUCCGGCGCUGGUGGCCGCCGCGCUCAAUCAGGCGAGUUGGGGACUCAUGGCGAAUAUGCAGAAUCAGCCGGAGCCGAAUUUUAAUCAAGGGUUUAAUAAUCCGCCGAAUACUAAUAGUGGCAACACCGGCAAUGGCGGCAACCAAGGCGGCGGCAACAGCCAAGGCUUCCUCAACUGGAUGAACCAAGUACAACAACAAGACGGCCAAUGGCCGCGCCCGCCCCCACAGCAGCAGCAAGACAAGGGCUUCCUCAAGUACGACUAGAGACUGAAUAAUGCCAAGGGGGCAUUAGUUGCACAGGUAAACCGUACACAUAUUUGACUCUAAAAACAAAUCUCUUUCGAAACGUAUCGAAACAAAACGAAAACAAAAAACACUUUCAUAUACAUUUACUCACUACUCACUCAAAACAAAAAAAAGUAAAACAUGCAAGAAUGUGUGUUUUAACAUGUCCGUAGAUAAAGGAAAAGUAACUCUUAGUCAAUACAUGAAUACAUGAUCUAGUUGAUAGUUGAAUUUAUGAAAAACUGAACAAUGUGUAUAUUAACGGAUUGCGAAGAGAAUGUUAUGUUGCUACGAACAAAAACUUAGGCUUAGGUUUAUGGUAUAUCACACAUAACAUAUAAUCUGAGUGCGCACGCGCGCCUGGUGCGAGUUGUGUUGCCUAUUUCUCUUACUACUCCGUACCAACUCUCCGUGGUUUAGUUUAUCACACACACACUGCACACACGUUUUGUUGCUGUUUGUUUUUUUUCUCUCAUUCGGACGCGUGUGUAUCCCUAGCCUAGCUGUAAGAGACUUUAUGAUUGUAUACAAGUGCGCAGGAAUGUUUUGUUGGUAUAUUGAUGAGAUGUGGAUAUGAUUAAGUGACACGACAAAUGAAUAUAUGACACAGAUGUACAUGUGUGACCAAAA